CAACAUCAAAAUUAUUUGAAAAGUCCUGAUAUGCAUGCUCAUUUCUAUGUUGAAGACACUAUACGUCAUGGAGGUGUUAGAUCAAGAAGUAAUAGUGGUAGUACCACAAAUGAAUCCAGAAACAUCAGAGAAGUUAUGGAGGGUGGAAAUGCUAAUAACAAUACCAACACAACUAAUUCAGGUACAGUUGGUAUUGGUAUUGAAUCUUCAAAUGGAUUACCAUUAUUGAAUAAGUCAACUUCUUCAUUAGGUCAACCUCAAUCAGUUACAGGUAAAAAAGAAGCAACUCCAAAUGUUGAUCCAAGAUUACCACAAGAUGAUGGUAGAUUACAUAUUUUAUUUGGCGCUUGUGGUUCUAUUGCAUCAGGUAAAAUCAAGUUGAUUGUUAAGAAAUUGGAGGAAAUUUAUGGUAAAGAUAAAAUCUCUAUUCAAUUAAUUUUAACAAGUGCAGCUGAACAUUUCGUUUCAAGAAAUGACUUUAGUACUAAUGUUACAAUUUGGAGAGAUCGUGAUGAAUGGGGUACUUGGAAAAAUCGUACAGAUCCUGUUUUACAUAUUGAAUUACGUCGUUGGGCUGAUAUUUUGAUUGUUGCUCCAUUAACUGCAAAUACUUUAUCAAAAAUUGGGUUAGGUUUAUGUGAUAACUUAUUAACAAAUGUUAUUAGAGCUUGGAAUACCCAAUAUCCAAUUUUAUUGGCACCAUCAAUGGUUACUUAUGCAUAUAAUUCAGCACCAACUAAAAGACAUUUGAAAACAAUUAAAGAAGAAAUGCCAUGGAUUGAAGUUUUAAAACCAGUUGAAAAAAUCAUUGGAAUUAAUGGUGAUAUUGGUAUGGGUGGUAUGAUGGAUUAUAAUGAAAUUGUUGAUAAAGUUGUCCAUAAAUUAGGUGGGUAUCCUGAUGAAGAUGAUGACGACGAUGAUAAUAAUGAAGAUGAUGACAUUAGAGAUGAUGUGGAUCUGAAUAGGGAUGAAAAUAAUGACGACGAUGAUGACGAUGACGAUGAUGACGACGACGAUGAUGAUGAUGACCAAGAUGAUGAUGAUAAUGCAUUAGAUGAUGAAGAUGAUGAUACACUUGAGGAAAAACCAAAAGAUAAAAAUGUCAGUCAAUUAACCAAAGGUAUAAGGAAGGUUACUGUUGCAGAAGAAGAUCAAUUGGAACAACAACAGCAGCAGCAAAGAAAACAAUAA